CGGCAGAAUGCCAUCCCGCACAGGAUACCUCGGUACACUCUGCGAAGAGCUCGACAAGGAAGAAGACCACCUGUACGACCUACUCGGCGAGACAGAGCUCAGUGCUGACUAUUCAAUACCGAGCAUAUCAUGCGGAAAGUCACUCAAAGCGUCCUAUACGUAUAUCCAUGCACAAAUGACUCGUGUUCGUGUGGCCCUCGUUGACCAGGAGUUCCGGUCGCUAGCGGGCAUUCGCUGUCGCAACGUGUGGUCGCGAGUUACCGUUACUUCCCCACUCGUGCUACAUCUCGAUCUGUCCCCCUGUUCAAAUCACCUUUUGACUUCCCUUCCGACUUACCUACCGACUUCUCCGUCGGAGUCCAGACCAUGAGAACCUGAUCCCGCACCGUACACAACCCCGAGCAUGGCCAUGUGCUCGCCUGUUGGGGACUUGAUCUUCGUGGGCUUCGAGCCCCUCAGCAGCGAGGUGCGUCGCCAUCGUCUCGGAUACUUCCUUGUCCCCCUCCGUUUGUGUCUGGUCAAGGCCCGGCCGAGGUUCUGCGCCGUGCGUAGCAUAGACCAAGCGUCCAUGCUUCAUCCCACGCGUCAUCUACUGAGGCCACAGGCCGCAUUUUGUCCUACUAGUCGACGCCUCCAUUCAGCCCUCAUCGGGGCGUCUGAACGCGCACACGCUCGUCAUGUUGGGCGCAGGGACGAUACGGAGCCUGUGCGCAGAUGUGUGGGAUGUGCAGAAGCAGCGGAUCGACGCGGGAGGAAGCGGCGGCGUCGAGGGAGGACAAGAGAUGGGGGCGUCCGCAAGCAGAUCAACUACACCGACUAGGAUCUGACUUCGACUUGAAACCGGAAGUGAAUGACUCCACGGAUCUCGCUCAACAGCGCUCCCGUUGUUCAACGGGCCCUUGGAGUAUGCGGACUUGCUUGCGGCCCAGGCAAUCCCCAAGCAGGCCGCCGCAUUCGUGGGGCUCGAGCUUUCUGAGUCCAUCGGCGCUACUGGCGCGCGGUACGACUUGACUGUUGUUCAGGUCGACGCGUGUCUCCUCAAGGUUCCAGCCAUGGGCCCCCUCGCUCCGGUCCCGCACAUUCCCUACGGCGAUGGGUAUGGUGUGCCGGCGCCCAGCCCGUACUCACCCAGCCCGUACCUGCGCCCUCGCUCUGUAACCUGCGCGUCUCGCAUGUCGAGGCAGUGCGACCGCAGAACACAUACUCAUAUGCUCCUGCUCGACCCGCCGCGCAGCCUCCGCGGGCCUACCAGCCCGCGGUUUCGGCGCAUACAACAGCGAUCACGGUGGCGCCGCUGCUGGCCAGUCGCGGCCUGCGUUCUAGGCGUCCUGCGCUUUGCUGCGGGGGACGUCGAUGAGUGCCUAUCGCAAAGGGCAUGUUUUGGUGCGGAAAGAGCAGUCGGGUGGUAGGACGAGCCCAGAUGUACGCGUUGCCUCGAGAUGGGGUGCGUAGGUCUUUGGCUGGCGACAAAAGGUUCCCGUCGCAGAGGCUGCCAGGCGAACGAAGCUGGUUCAGGUUCAAAAAUGUACAGUCAAGGAGACAAUGCAGUAUUUCGCUUCGUUGCAGUCGGGGCAGUGCUUUGAAACGGACAUUGCGCAGAGGCACGACGAAAUGGAGGGGGACUCCAGCAAAGCGCCUGUGUCCCUCGCGAAUUGCGAGAUGUAUCUUCUCUCGCUGCCCUCUGUUGGGUAACCCAUCACUUGCUGGUUUCGCCACACCUUCUCUGUCAAGCAACCUUCGAUCGCUGUAGAAGGCACCGGCUCUUAUCGCACGACCGCCUUCCGUCGUUCAUCAUACGCAGGACGAGAACUAGCUGCUGCGAGCAGCAGUCUGCCUCUGCGACG